UAUUGUCCAAUCAUCGUUUGACAGCGUUCCGAGGGGCGGAGCUUCUCCUACUUUGAAUUUCGGAGUCUAAAUAAGCGGCUGCGCGCGGCUCCUCCUCAUUCUUCAGUCGUACUCGAAGAGAAGAGCGAUGCCUGAGCCAGCAAAGUCCGCCCCGAAGAAGGGAUCCAAGAAAGCCGUGACCAAGACGGCCGGCAAAGGAGGGAAGAAGCGCAGAAAGACCAGGAAGGAGAGCUACGCUAUCUACGUGUACAAGGUGUUGAAGCAGGUCCACCCCGACACCGGCAUCUCCUCCAAGGCGAUGGGCAUCAUGAACUCGUUCGUCAACGACAUCUUCGAGCGCAUCGCCGGUGAGUCGUCCCGUUUGGCUCAUUACAACAAGCGCUCCACCAUCACUUCCAGGGAGAUCCAGACCGCCGUGCGUCUGCUUCUUCCCGGCGAGUUGGCCAAGCACGCCGUGUCCGAGGGCACCAAGGCCGUCACCAAGUACACCAGCUCCAAGUAGAAAGUAGAGAAGACUUUCUCAACACCAACGGCUCUUUUAAGAGCCACCCACGGUUUCAUAUAAAGAGCAUUUUUUUCGCUUUGU